AUGGCAACAAGAAUCAAGAAACAGAUCCCAAAGAAUCUUCUUGAUCUUCUUUCUGCUGGUAUUUCAAGCAAUCAUAGAUCCUUUUUAAUUAUUGUUGGUCCUCACGGCACAGAUCGCAUUCCAACAAUAAAUACUUUAUUACAGAAGAAGAUGUCAACAAAUUCCAAAGUUCUUUGGUGUUACCACAAAGAACUUCACAUUUCAUCGAAUCGUGAAAAAAGAAAUCGUCAACUCAAGCAAAAAACACAAAAUGGAACAUUAAAUGAAGAUUUAGCAACAGAACUUGAUCUUUUCUUUGCAAAUUCAAAGCAAGUUACAUUCGCUAAGUAUUCUGAGUCCCAUCGUGUCCUCGGCCAGACAUUCAACAUACUUGUUCUUCAAGAUUUUUCAUCUCUUACACCAAACAUUCUCGCAAGAACAGUAGAAACAGUCUCAGGUGGUGGCCUCAUCGUAUUACUUCUUGAUGACAUGCAAUCUCUCAAUGAUUUAUACACAAUUACAAUGGACUAUCAACGCGGCAUGAAUCGUGAUGCUUUUGGCAAGGUUGCAUCACGUUUCAACGCUAGAUUCCAUAACAGCCUCAAAUCAUGCAAGAAUUGUAUUGCAAUGACUGAUGAAUUUGAUAUUCUCGAUUCUGUUACUCCAAACUUCGAACCAGACUCAACAAUUAGCGAGGAUGCCGAUCUUAAAGAAAUAUUGGCCCAAUACUCUAAGGAUAUCGAAUCAGUUAACGAACGUCUCGAAGAAAUUACAGAUGAGAAGCAAAAGAAGCAAGUUGAACACGAAAGAGAUGAAAAGCAACAGAUAUUAUCUAUUGUCGAGAAAGCUCUUACAGCAGAUCAAGCUAAAACUGUCGGAAAAGUUAUUGAUUCAAUCAAAGACCGCCAACUUGGAAAAGUCAUCGGUAUUACAGCCGCUCGUGGUCGUGGCAAGUCAGCCGCCAUCGGGCUUUCGCUUGCUGCAGCUCUUGCUUUAGGAUAUUCCAACAUUUUCGUUACAGCUCCAAGUAUAGCCAACUUAACGGCACUUUUUGAAUUUGUCAUUGUUGGUCUUACAGCUCUUGGCUUCAGAGAAGGUGAAUCCGAAGAUUUCGAGGUUGUCAAGUCAAAUCCAACUUCCUCCAAGGAAAGACCAUACGUUACCCGCGUAAACGUUCAUUUAUCGCAUGGUCGUCGCCAGACAGUCCAAUAUGUCCGACCAAAUAUGACACAAUACCUUGGCCAAUGUGAAAUUUUGGCGAUUGAUGAAGCUGCGGCCAUUCCAUUACCAAUUGUCCGCCAAUUAAUGGGUCCAUACACCACAUUGUUCUCAUCCACGGUCGAUGGCUACGAAGGAACAGGAAGAGCGUUAUCUUUGAAGUUAUUCAAGGAAUUCCAGAGAACGAUGAAGUCCAGAUUCACUCAGACAACACUUACAAAGCCAAUUAGAUACGCAGAAGGCGAUCCAAUUGAAGCUUGGCUGCAUAAUUUAUUAUUACUUGACGUACAUCCACAGGAAUGCAGUUUAAUCCCCGCAUUAUCGGACACAGAAUUAUUCCUCAUCAACAGAGAUGCUCUUUUCAACGGUAGCCGUGGAAGUGAAGAAUUACUUCGCGCAUUAGUUUCUCUUUCAGUGGAAAGCCAUUACAAGAACACUCCAAAUGACUUGACAUUGAUGGCCGACUCUCCGAACCACAGAAUUUUCGCUUUAAUCAACAUGAAAACUGUUACAGGAAAAGGAAUCCCAGAAAUCAUCGCUUUCGUUCAAGUAGCUCUUGAAGGAAAGAUCGGCGAUGAACAAUUCUCUAACGCGGAGAACGGAAAAGGCCGUAGAGAUGGAGAUCUCAUUCCAUGGAAUAUCGCUCGUGCCUUUGAAGAGCCAGAAUUUGCACAGUUGACAGGCGUAAGGAUUGUAAGAAUCGCUGUUAACCCAGAAAUGCAAAAGAAAGGCUAUGGUUCGGUUGCAAUUGAAAAACUUGUCCAAUACUACUCCGGCCAUGAAGUUGUGGACACAAAAAUUAAACCAAAUGCCAAGACCCUCAUGUAUCCACUCACAGCGAUCGCUCCUGAGCCAGUUGAUUACAUGGGUGUCUCAUUUGGUCUGACAAGAGACUUGGCCCACUUCUGGAGGAAGGGAGGAUUCGUUCCUCUUUACGUUUCCCGCGAAACAAACGAAGUUACCGGUGAACAUUCCGUAAUUGUUAUCAGACCAAUCGGAGAAACGGAAUGGCUGCCAAAAUUCACGACAGAAUUCAAGUCCAACGUUUACAGAUUGUUGCCAACCAUCUUCAGAGACGUAACUCCGUUCGUCAUCGAAGAAAUUAUGUUCCCACCUCCUCCAUCAGAAAAGGAUUCAGAUGGUCGUGCAAGAUUGACAGAUAUCGAUGUAAAGAAACUCUCCAGAUGGUCGGGAGAUGGAAUUGGAGCCGUCAAACACUUACUUGAAUCUGUUUGCGACUUUAUCUUCGUAGACAACCCUCCAAUCAAGCUCACAAGGACAGAAAUGUUCGCUCUCCUCAUCAUGGGCAAACAGAUGGCCGAUGAAGAAGAAUGCGCAAAAAGAUUGGAAAUUCAAGUAAACCAGGUCGUUGCUUUGCUCAAAUCUGCUAUCGGAAAGAUCUCAAGAUACUUGAACAAGCAACGUGGAGAAACAGACUCCAGUAUGAAUAGUAAAAUUAUAGAGAAAGAUUAG